CGUUCUCGCGCCGACUCGGCCAAGUACUGCUACGCCAUGACUCUCAAGCGCAGGAUACACAACGCAUAUCUCAGAGAAAGAGUGUUCUCGCUCCAAUGGAUGAAAGCAAACGCUGGGCUGGACGCACAGUCGCCUUAUUAGCAUGGAUUUGCGCCGUUUCACCUCGCCCGGCUUACGCGGCCGCAGUGCCCGCCUGGAAAUCCGUCGCCGAAGCCACCAACGCCUCCGGACGUGAGCACAUGGCGCGCGCGGGCGUGUCGGCGCGUCGGCGGCGCUCGGCGGCGGCUUCUACCCCCGAUCUCCCGCGUCGUGAUUCGUUGCCUCUUCAAGAUCAGAACGAGGCAGCGACAGGCUUUGCUCCACUACACCUCCGUCACCUUCUACAGUAUGCUAAUGCGCCCAGUCUGCGCCUGCAUUGCUUCACUUCCCCUCGCAUCGAAGGCUCGGAGGCAUGUGGGAGGCUCCUGCUAGCGCAUCAGCACCGACUGGCAAAACCCCGGAAACCCUUGGCAUGGGGACGCAUGGACAGCCUGAUCGCUCCAGCUCUCACCUACGCUUAUGGUGCACCCCCUUCAUCAACCGUCUCACCUUUUUCCACCCCGGCCAAGAAACCGAAAUGA